CGACAAGACGUGGCCGCCCGAAGCAAAUCUUAGCCAAUCUUGGCCAUUUGCAAAGAUUCCGCACCACAAUUUCAGCGAAAUACAUCGCGCAAUAUGGGUCUUUGCAAAUGUCCCAAGAGGCAGAUUACGACCCAGUUUUGCUUCGAACAUCGGGUGAACGUCUGCGAAAACUGCAUGGUGGUGAAUCAUACGACGUGCACGGUGCAAUCGUACAUUCAAUGGUUGAAGGACAGCGACUUUGAUUCCAAUUGUACCCUGUGCGGAAGCCUCCGUACUAGUGACGAUUGCGUUCGACUUAUAUGCUAUCAUGUGUUUCAUUGGAAAUGUCUCAACGCUCGACAACAACUUUUACCAGUGAAUACAGCUCCCGGUGGACACACUUGCCCAAUUUGCAGCGAAUCUAUUUUUCCACCCGCGAACCUAGUGUCACCGGUGGCUGACGUGUUGAGAGUGCGGCUUGGGCAGGCAAACUGGGGUCGAAACGAGCUAGGACUGCCUUUGCUACACAGUGAGCGAAUCAUUGGCCCCAGCUCCAGUGAAAUGUCAUCGAACUCAGGCACAGCUUUGGCAUCCAACGGAGCUACCUUGUACGGAAAUUCAUCCCAGAACAGAACAUUGCAUACCACUAGUUCAUCUCUAGUUAACAAGGAACGCCCAGAAACUCCACAUUUAAUAGUAAACCUCGAUCCUUGCGCGAACGUCGCAAACAGUCGCCGGACGACUUUGCUAUCACGAGAAGCACCGAUCGGCGGUUCGGAUCGCGAUGACAAUAAGUACAAGCGUCGAACACCACAGGAAAUCUUCUCGCGGUGGUCGCGCCGGUUGUACGCACCGUCCGUGAAACCGAUGUGGCGUAAGACAUGGUUCCUCGUCGUAACCGGACUACUAGGCUUUGUGUGUAUCGUCUAUGUUAUGGACACGUUGGCUCGAAGCGAUGCCGGCGAAGGGUUUGGCGGUUUCAUCCCGAAUCGUAAUCUACCGCAUGCCGAAGAGUGAUAGUAAUGCUGUGUGUUUUUCGGAAAACAUUCGAUCAUGUGCAAUUUAUGUUACAGUUUUAUUGUUUUAUGUGGUUCUUUUAAAAUGAA